UCCUCUUUCUGAUAGGCCGUGUGUGUGUCACAUUGGGGUGUUACCCUGACGACUCAGGGCCCUGUGGGCUCAGUUCCUCCCAUCAUCUAACAGAUAGAAAUCAGGAAAAGAAACUAUCAGCACUGUCCUACAGCUACCACUCAAGAUACACACACGCACGAACACACACUGGUGACCGGGCAAAAUGUUCUCACUUCCCCAGGCAUGGAUACUUGUGACAGUAUCCCUAUGGACGUCAGGUUUGUGUCAGACCCUGCAAAACGGACCCCUCAAAGUUCUCUACACCAAACUCGACAGUACAGCGAAUAUUGAAUGUGACUGUUUCAACAUCACCUGUGACUCUGGCUACUGGUUCCGCAGCAUCCCCCAAGAUAAGAAAGUAGAGUUCAUCGGCAAUUGUAACAACGCUGAGCGUACCAAUAUGAAUAAAAAUAUAAGUUCACGGUUCACACUCCACAAAAAGAGCUCGUCCUUUUCGCUACGCAUCGUGAAUGUGUCACGAGAGGACACAGCGAUUUAUUCUUGUGUUCUGAAGGACAGGAAAAACAACGAAAUGUGGAAACCUGGGACUCUUUUUCUACCAGGAGUGACCCCUACAACGUCACCUCCUACGACGACAGCUAAAAAAGUUGUAAAACGAGUCUGUAGAUGCAACAAGAGUUCUUCACAGGAUGGCUGCGACUCACUGAUUCUGUGGUCGUUGGUUGGAUUAAUUGCGGGACUGGCUCUAGCGAUCAUCUGUACGCUGUAUUACUUCAGCCGGCUGCCCAAAAAAUGUCGGCACCGCUUUGCAAAGACGAGGUAGAAGACCUGAAGCCCUCCAUCAGCAGCUUAUAUUUGGCUCAAACGGUGGAAGUGCUUAACUUAAGCUGGCGUCCAGUGGACCAUAAAGAACAUGAUUCACUUUGAGGAUCUGCGCUGUUCACAAUGCGUCAUGUUUAUUUACAGUGAAAUGUUUGCUCAGCCUCAGCUCGGUUUCAUGUUUUCAACAGCAGCCAUCUAACAUAUUGUAAUAUUUAGACUGUUUUUGUUACAAAUAUCAUAAAAUCAGUUCCACCAAGUUCAGUCCUAAAUUCUG